CCUACCUCGAACUUUCAAACGAGCAGCGACACCCAUUUGUUUCUGCAGGAGCAGAAGCCAACUCCGCUUUUUCCCGUGGCCGACGACGACAACUGUUCGAUCGAUGUAUCGCGCUUAUCAUCGUCGCCUCUCUCUUCUCGAUCGUCGAACUGUCUUUCUCUCGCACCCGUCGCAAUCAUCAUCGUCGUCGUCCUUACAUAAACCCUAAUUCUCCUCUUUCAUAGUUGUUUACGAUUACUGCCUCCCUCUGUCUCUGCAUAUUUAUCACGAGCCCUAGUUUUGUCCUUGCCUUGCUCGGAAAGGUAUAAGAACCCUAACUUCGCGUUUCCGGAUAUAUAGAAGGUGGACAAAGAAAUGGAGGGUAAUGGAAAAGAUGAUCUGAAGGCACCACUUUUGCAGUCUUCUGACAGUAUUCCAGUUAGUUCCGAGACAAAUAAGAAUGGAGAAAAGAAAAUUAAAGCCAUUAUGUUCAAAAUAAGAGGCAUCAAAUUUGCAUCUUGUUCAACUUCCAUAGAGCUUGUGCUGCAAAAGCUUACUGGUGUUGAGAAUGUCACGGUGUCACCUCUUGAAGGCCAGGCCAUUGUAAAAUACAUGCCAGACCUCAUCAAUGCAAAAGCAAUAAAGGAAGCUGUGGAAGAUGCAGGUUUUCAAGUUAACGAAUUUCCAGAGCAAGACAUAGCAGUAUGUCGACUCAGAAUUAAAGGGAUGGCAUGCACAAGCUGUUCCGAGUCUGUUGAACAUGCCAUUUUAAUGGUUGAGGGGGUGAAAAAAGCAGUGGUGGGUCUGGCCUUGGAAGAAGCAAAAGUCCACUUUGAUCCAAAUGUCACCAAUACCGAUCGUAUUGGCGAAGCAGUAGAGGAUGCUGGCUUUGGAACUGAUCUUAUAAGCUCUGGAAGUGACGUGAAUAAAGUACAUCUAAAGCUUCAGGGCAUCAAUUCACCUGAAGAUUUAAUUGUUAUACAAGCCUCCCUCGAGUCACAAGGUGGUGUAAAUCUUGUUGAAAUGGACUGGGAAGACCAAAAGGUUACUAUUACCUAUGACCCUGACAUCACUGGACCAAGAAAUCUUAUACAGUGCAUUCAUGAAGCUGGUGAUGGCCUCAACUUUUACCAUGCAAGUUUAUGCAUCCCACCGAGACGUAGAGAAGCAGAGAGACGGCAUGAAAUCCAAAUGUACAGAAACCAGUUCUUGUGGAGCUGCCUAUUUUCAGUUCCAGUAUUUAUUUUCUCCAUGGUGCUACCAAUGCUUCCGCCAUAUGGAAACUGGUUAGAAUAUAAGGUUUGGAACAUGCUUACUGUUGGGAUGCUUUUAAGAUGGAUUCUUUGCACACCAGUGCAAUUUGUUAUUGGCCAAAGGUUUUAUGUGGGAUCAUAUCAUGCAUUGAGAAGAAGAUCAGCUAAUAUGGAUGUUCUGGUUGCAUUGGGCACUAAUGCUGCUUAUUUCUACUCUGUAUAUGUAGUGAUAAAAGCUUUAACUUCUGAUAAAUUUGAGGGUCAAGAUUUCUUUGAGACUAGUGCUAUGUUAAUAUCCUUUAUUCUCUUAGGCAAAUAUUUGGAGGUUAUGGCUAAAGGAAGGACGUCUGAUGCUUUAGCAAAAUUGACAGACCUUGCUCCUGAUACAGCUUACUUGUUAACUUUGGACGAUGAUGGCAAUGUUGUCUCAGAGAUGGAGAUCAGCACUCAACUAAUUCAGAGGAAUGAUGUAAUCAAGCUUGUUCCUGGGGCCAAAGUUCCUGUUGACGGUAUUGUUAUUAAUGGCCAGAGCCAUGUGAAUGAGAGUAUGAUCACUGGAGAAGCAAUGCCAAUAGCUAAAAGACCUGGUGACAAGGUUAUUGGUGGGACAGUGAAUGAAAAUGGAUGUUUACUGGUUAAAGCAACUCAUGUUGGGCCAGAGACUGCACUUUCCCAAAUUGUUCAGUUAGUUGAAGUUGCUCAGCUUGCCAGAGCACCUGUUCAGAAGCUAGCUGACAAGAUAUCGAAAUUUUUUGUGCCUACAGUUGUUCUAGCUGCACUGAUAACAUGGAUAGGAUGGUUUAUCCCUGGAGAAGCUGGCAUUUACCCAAAGGGAUGGAUACCAAAAGCUAUGGAUGCUUUUGAGCUUGCGUUGCAGUUUGGCAUUUCAGUGCUGGUGGUUGCCUGUCCCUGUGCUCUGGGUUUAGCAACCCCGACAGCUGUAAUGGUUGCCACGGGCAAGGGAGCUUCACAAGGGGUGCUCAUCAAGGGUGGAAAUGCACUUGAAAAGGCACAUAAGGUAAAAAUGGUCGUCUUCGAUAAAACAGGGACAUUGACUAUUGGAAAACCAGUUGUAGUAAGUGCUGUGCUCUUUUUAAAGAUUCCAAUGGAGGAGUUCUGUGAGAUGACCAUUGCUGCAGAGGCAAAUAGCGAGCACCCUAUAGCAAAAGCUGUGGUGGAUCAUGCAAAGAAGUUAAGUCAGAAGUGGGGGUCUCAAGUGGAGCAUGUCACAGAGGUCAAGGACUUUGAAGUGCAUCCAGGUGCUGGUGUGAGUGGAAAAGUUGGAGAUAGAAGGAUAUUGGUUGGAAACAGGAGGCUAAUGCAAGAGUUCAAUGUCCCAAUUGGUCCCAAGGUUGAGGAUUACAUUUCAGAAAGUGAGCAACUGGCUCGUACUUGUGUGCUAGUUUCAGUUGACGGUAGGGUAGCUGGAGCUUUUGCUGUGACUGAUCCAGUGAAGCCAGAGGCUGAACGUAGCAUAUCUUUUCUCCAAUCAAUGGGCAUCUCCAGCAUCAUGGUGACCGGUGAUAACUGGGCCACAGCAAGGGCAAUAGCAAGACAGGUUGGAAUUCAAAUGGUGUAUGCUGAGACAGAUCCACUGGGAAAGGCUGAUAAAAUAAAAGAUUUGCAGAUGAAGGGAAUGACUGUGGCAAUGGUGGGAGAUGGAAUAAAUGAUUCACCAGCGCUUGUUGCUGCUGAUGUUGGAAUGGCGAUUGGCGCAGGCACUGACGUAGCGAUAGAGGCAGCCGAUAUAGUUCUCAUUAAGAACAACUUGGAAGAUGUAAUUACAGCCAUCGAUCUAUCCAGAAAGACGAUGUCCCGCAUUCGACUUAAUUAUGUGUGGGCACUCGGCUACAAUGUGUUGGGCAUGCCAAUUGCUGCUGGGGUUUUAUUCCCCUUCACUGGCAUUCGUUUACCUCCUUGGCUCGCGGGUGCUUGCAUGGCUGCCUCAUCGAUAAGCGUGGUUUGUUCUUCUCUCCUUUUGCAGUCGUACAAAAAGCCUUUGCAUGUUGAAGGUUCGUGAAGAAGACCUAAUCACACACCAUACGCCAAAUUCAAUUUUAGAAUCAUAAUUUGACAGCCUUUAGAGUUCUCAAGGCUACACAUAAUUGUCCGGUUAGAAAUUUCUGUUAUUAGUGUACUUCCAAUCCUUAAUAGCUUUGUCCUCUAGAUUUAACAUUGAAUUUCACUCCAUUUCCAUUUGGUCA